AUGUGCAGUUCCCUUCCCCUCCUUCUUCUGCUCCCCUCUCAAUUCUCUUUUCGCUGGGUGUCGUCUCCACCUCCGCCCAUAAGACUCCGUUACCAAAGCUCAGCAGUCAUCGACGAGACGCUCCGCAUCUCCUGCCCCGCCCCUGGAGUUCUACCCCGUAUAGUCCCGCAGGGUGGUUGCGUUAUCGCAGGACUGGGAUUCAUUCCCGGCGGACCACUCGAGCAUCAGCCGCAACGCGACCAUCUUCCGCAGGAUCACGGAUCUAUCAACCCGAGCGAUGGCUCUCCGAAGAAGCCAACGGCUUGGAUCAUUGGAAGGUUAGCGCAGAUGGAAAUGACGAUGGCCCUGGCCUAUUUGUUCAACCGGUUCGAUUUGGCUCUGUAUGAGACUGAUGCGGAGAGUUUGAGGGUAUCGAACUAG